CACCCCCACCCCCGGAGGAAUUGCCGAGAAGACCCGGUGGGCCCCGCUGAGCCAACUCAGCUGGUGUGCCGGUUACCCUCACUGCCGGGACCUGCAGUGCUAUUGCUAUGUCCCUGCCGGGAAGCAGACGGUCCUCCACUGGCUCUCGAAGGCGCCCCUCUCCCCCCGUCAGCAUGCGGGACACCUACGGCACCUCUUCACUGAGCAGCAGCAGCAACUCGGGCUCCUGCAAGGGCAGCGACAGCAGCCCCACCCCAAGGCGACCCAUCAAGUACAGUCUGUGCAGCGAUAACCAUGGGAUAAAGCCCCCCACUCCUGAGCAGUACCUGACCCCCCUCCAGCAGAAGGAGGUCUGCAUUAGACACCUGAAGGCCCGGCUGAAGGACACCCAAGAGAGACUCCAGGACAGGGAUACUGAGAUUGAGGAUCUGAAGACCCAGCUCUCGAGGAUGCAGGAGGACUGGAUCGAGGAAGAGUGCCACCGUGUGGAGGCCCAGCUGGCACUCAAGGAGGCCCGGAAGGAGAUCAAACAGCUGAAGCAGGUGAUUGACACCGUGAAGAACAACCUGAUGGAGAAGGACAAAGGCCUUCAGAAAUACUUUGUGGACAUCAACAUCCAGAAUAAAAAGCUGGAGACCCUGCUGCACAGCAUGGAGAUAGCACAGAACGGGGCUGUGAAGGAGGACGGGGCCGGGGAGUCGGCAGGGGGCUCUCCAGCCCGGUCCCUCACCCGCAGCUCCACCUACACCAAGCUGAGUGACCAGGCAGCAGGGGACAGGAACGCUGGGGACUCACAGACCCUAUCAGCUGAGGAGGUGGUGGACAGUGGCUUCGUGGCUGCAGAUGACUCGCUAAGCCGGACGGACUUGCUGGAGCAGAGCAGCCUGCUCUCAUCAGGGGUAGAGUUCUGCACCGAGGAGGGGUCUCUACAGAGCUCCUUCACGCUGGGCUCCAGACUUCCCACCAGCUCCACCUAUGAGAAACUGAGGGGUACGCAAGGCAGCGUGGAGGCCGGAGUGCAGGCGAGCUGCAUGCAGGAGCAGGCCAUCCAAACUGACUUUGUGCAUUACCAGCCGGACUUGGACACUAUCCUGGAAAAGGUCAUGAAGUCCCAGGCUUGCAGCCUGGGCAGCCCCACUUCCGUGUGGGUGUCCGAAAUGGAAGACCUGGUGCCCAGCUCCGAGGCUCAGGCCCAGAACUUCUCUGGGACCACGGACUUGAUGGCGACUGAACCCAACUCCGCUGUGGUGGUGACCACAGGAGAGGGGCCAGAGACUCCGGAGGGGCGAGAGGGCUGCCCGGGACUGGUGACCAACAACCCUGCUGUGCACCAGCCCUCUAGCACUAGCCAGUCGCUGAGCGUCGUUUGCACCCUGGAGGAAGACGCUGCCGAGCUGAGCCAAGAAGCCACAGUACCGAAAAGCUAUUGGAGCCGCCAUUUCAUUGUGGAUCUCUUGGCCGUGGUGGUGCCGGCGGUGCCCACGGUAGCCUGGCUGUGCCGUACUCAGCGGAGGCAGGGCCAGCCCAUAUACAACAUCAGCUCGCUGCUCCGCGGGUGCUGCACGGUCGCUCUGCACUCCUUACGGAAGAUCAACUGUCGCUCUGUUAGCAACAUGGGAGGUAGCACCGGAAGCUCCCAGCCAUAACUCCUCUCUUCCACCAAGCAAACACAUGGCACAUGCUUCGAGAGCCGACUUGGUGAAAGGAUCAGAAUUUCUCUGACCACUGAUUGUAAAUUCCGGACACACCAAACGUUCGUUUUAUUUAUUUGAAGUACGUGGGCAACUUGACAUCCUCUGAUCUGCUGCAGCUAGAAUAUGCAAUUCCAGGGGGCUUGCCAGGGGCCUGAGGAAAAUGAGCUUCUGGGUUUGCUUUGGCUUCUGAGAUGUUUGAGGAAUAAAAAAGGCCAAUUCUGGAAGAGCAGAGAUGGGGGGGGCACCCCAACCUCCUCGCUGCAGGCCACUCGCCCAGCAGGUGAUGUAGCUGAUGGAUUUUGCACUGUCCGCAAGUGACGUCUGUAGCACAGAUGUGUACUUGCCGGGUGCGUCUACACAGCGCAGCCCCCUGCGGCAGCAAGGCUCAGAGCCCGGGUCAGCGGACUCAGGCUCACGCUGCAAGUCUACAAAUUGCAGUGUCGACGUUCUCGCUCAGGCUCUGAGACCCUCCCCUCACCCGGUAUCGGAGCCCGGACUCCAGCGCAACCCCAACAUCUGCACUGGCUAUUUUGAACCUGCGGCAGAAGCCCGAGUCAGUUAACCUUACACUCUGAGACUUGCUGCCAUGGGACUCUUUCUGCUGUGUAGACGGACCCACGGUCACUUCAUGUAGGGAGACAGAGCAUUGCAAGCCCUUCCCUGGACUGAUGGAUCCCCUCCACCCCACCCUGCCUCCCCUGACUCGUCCACUUCUGUUGUUCCCUCUGGACAUGGCAGGGCCAUUUGAAAGGUUAGCUGCCCAACUGCCCUUUUAUUGCAUUGGACUUGUUCUGACAGUUGUUCCUGAGUCCCAAGAGGAACCCGCCACGCCUGCCGUCAGUGUGACGGGAGUCCUGCGGGUCAAACCCUGCCCAGGGCUCCGAGGACAUAGGGUAAUGGCUGUAGCAGAGACUCAUUUUAACGUGUAGAAAACAAAGGGGAACUCAAGAAGACCUGGGCAGGAGAGAUGGGGACAAGGGCUAGAACAGGGGAGGUGCCUCUCUAGAAUAGAUGUCCUUAUUCCCAACACGCUUUGCAGAAGAAACAGGGAGAGGCCUGAAUUCCCGGUUUGCAGAGAGGCGUCUAGUCUCAAUGGGUGUGAGAGCCGGUGCAGAACGUGGCUUCCCUCCUUCUAGGAGCAGGGCUGGAGCAACGAGGGUUGCCCAAGUCUGCUCCCUUUGCCCGUGGGAGAGUCAGUGACUCCAAAUCCCUUCCCUCAGAGGACAGAGUGGACAGAUGCUUGCCUAUACAUUCACUUUGGAAACCACGUGAAUGUCAUUCCCUUAUCCUUGGCCCCUCCUGGGGAUUUGGACCUGUUGGUUCAAGUCCUGCUUUGCUGACCCAGUUCUAAAACUUUUUGCCUCCUGGAAGAUGUGACAGUAAGGGCCCGGUGGCCAAGUGAGAGAAGCCAGAUAUACCUCAUGUGACGCUCCAGAGCCGCCUGCUGUAUCUCUGGGCAGUAUUACAUAUGCACCCGGGUUGCCCAUGGUGAGAACUCCUUAAGUUCUGUAUCUUUCAUUCCGUGCUUUGCACUAUGUUCACUUUUUGCAAACGGAAGCUCCAUUGUAGAGGUUUCUCUGCUGCAGGUUUCGAUGACAGGCUGACGUCUGCACUGCUGGCAGAGUCCUGAAAGGCCGAACCAAGGAGUCCUUUGCUGCUGCUCUGCGUCCAUCCCAGCUCUUCGUCCUGGGGCAGGGAGAACAGCUGGGUUUCCUCAGGCCGUAGCGCGGCUCCCUUCGGUCCUGGAGUGUCUGCUAGGAGUGCAGGGUGAGAGUGUUUUGGUUACGCCAGCUGAGGGGGCGUCUGGCUACCCAUCGCCGCAGAGCUUUCGGUGCUGAUGCUGAAAGCUGGAGAUGCUGGAACUGGCAUGGAGUGGGGAGGGGGACAGAACAGAGAAGGCAGAGGGCCACGCGGGGCACAGGUAGAACAUAGCCCUGGUCUCUGGAGGCAGCUUGUCUAAAACUCAGGCUGGCAGAAAACAUCUUCAAGUGAAGGUGGCCUCCGGAAAUGCCUUUAAAAGCCAAAUCUCACUGCAGAGAUUGAUCAGCUGGGGACAGAUGCCUAGAGAGAAUGAGGCCUCAUCCAAACCAUUUCCUCCGCCAAUCUAGAUGUUCAGCACAAGGCUGUUGGCAUACGCUCCAGUGCUCUGACGGGUAAUCGGCUCGGGGUUAUCUGCAGUGUUCGGCCCUGAGAGCGCAUAAAAUCAACUCCGUGAGCUUGGGUGGCCUUGCCCCUGUCUUCUCUGGGAAGUGACUGACCCGAAGGGCUAGGGCUUCAGAAUGGCGUGAGUGCAUUUUUGUACACACGCACACACACACACACACACACACGCAUGCACAGUGAUAACUAUGCACAUAUACCUUGUGUACAGAAUUGCACACACGUGUUUCUGAAUCUGGCUGCAAAGGUUUUGUUUACCUUUACGAUUACUUGAACUAACAAUGUUUCUGCUCUUACGUUCCCCCACCCCCUGCCCCGCUGCUCUCUCCUCCACACACGUGGGGUGAGGGGGUAUUUAUUGUAAUCGUUUUAUUUUGUGAUGGUUUAAAGCUAGUUUUCUGGCGGGGGCCAAUCAUCUGGGGCUGAUCACAUUGGUACACCUCUCCGUGUUUUUUGCCCUCUGGGUCAGACUGUCAAACAGCUUUAUUUAGACUUUACCACAGGUGGCUGGCUACCUUGGUCACGUGCCCCCCGCCCCCCAGUUACUGUUGUGGGGGGCAAGGGGGUGUUGCUGCAUGUGUUGAUGUUGCCACAUGCUCGUACUUUCACAACCUGUAUCCAGCACGCCUGGACUGUCACAAAUCAAUAUCCCUUUGAAACAAGAGCUUGUUGCAGGAUAAAGGUGGGCUACUGAUUUUCAAAAUGUGGUAGCCAGCUGGGGGAGCCGGGGGUGAAGGAGCCUGGGGAUUGAUAAUGUAAUAUAAAGUAUGGGGGGGGAGAAAUGGACAAAACCCAGGCAAAAUGGCAACUGUAAUUGGAACUAGGAUAUAAGGCUCUUGUGCAAUGUAUUUGUGAAUGUGUGUACAUGUCCGUUAGACUAUCCAAAGCUCUGCUGAGAAAUCAAUGUAGGAUUAUAUUUGAAAGAGAAAUCUAUAUAUUUUUUAAAUACAGAACUUAAAAGCUGUAACCACUUUUUGUUCCCAGGGGCCUGUAAUCUUUGUCUGUUGGUGGAUGUAAUAAAUGUCAU